ACUGUGGAAUGUGCAGCGCAGGGAUUAAGAGUUUGGUGCUAUUUAGCAAAAGUGUACACUGUGUGGAUAUGCUCAUAGCUACGUAUUACUAGAGGCUUUCAAGACCUAUCUGCACUUUAUAGAGAUCUGCGUGCUUGUACAACCGCGGUUUACGUUUACCGCAGGAAAUCCUCGUAGACGUGGUCCGCCAGCAGCUAUCAGAUAUUUGGCGUGUCCUGACUGAACGACAGUAGCGCAAUUUUAUGUUAUGACCACGGCGUAUUAGUUAACGAUUUAGUAUAAUUUAGUUAACUAGUUAUUCUCAACUUUAAUUUACUAAAAAAGUGAAACACAGUCCGGGUCCAAGAUGUCAGUAGCGGGAUUUAAGAAGCAGUUUUAUAAAGCCAGCCAGAUGGUCAGUGAGAAGGUUGGCGGUGCAGAGGGAACGAAACUGGAUGAAGACUUCAAAGAUUUGGAAAGGAAAGUAGAUGUGACCAGCAAAGCUGUGGUGGAGGUCAUAUCUAAAACCUCAGAGUACCUGCAGCCUAACCCAGCAUCGCGGGCGAAGCUGUCUAUGUUGAACACUGUGUCUAAGAUCAGAGGCCAGGUGAAGAACCCAGGCUAUCCCCAAGCUGAGGGCCUGCUGGGAGAGUGUAUGGUCAAGUACGGCCGGGACCUAGGGGAGGAAACCAACUUCGGUGGGGCUCUAGUAGAUGCGGGGGAGACCAUGAAGAGGCUGGCGGAGGUUAAGGACUCUCUAGACAUCGACGUCAAACAGAACUUCAUCGAUCCAUUACAAAAUCUGUGUGACAAGGACCUCCGAGAGAUACAGCACCAUCUAAAGAAGCUGGAGGGAAGGCGUCUGGACUACGACUAUAAGAAGAAGCGCCAAGGGAAGAUACCAGAUGAGGAGCUGAGACAGGCCCUGGAGAAGUUCCACGAAUCUAAAGAGGUGGCCGAGAUCAGCAUGUACAACAUACUGGAGACUGACAUAGAGCAGGUGAGCCAGCUGUCGUCUCUGGUGGAGUCCCAGCUGCAGUACCACAGACAGGCCACACAGAUCCUGGACGAGCUCUCGGACAAACUCAGGGACAGGAUGAACGAGGCCCAGAACCGACCACGCCGCGAGUACACACCCAAGCCCAAACCCAUCUUUGACUUUGGAGAAUGUGACAACCAAUCAACCAAUGGUGGCUACACGACCUCCGUUGCCCCACCACCCUCCCGCAACUCAGAGUUACACUUCCUCCACGCCAGAUUGUCAUUUCAGAAAACCAGAUUCUCAGAACAGCCGUGCUGUAAGGCCCUGUUUGACUUUGACCCGGAGAACGAGGGAGAGCUGGGCUUCAAGGAGGGCGACAUCAUCACCCUGACCAAUCAGAUCGACGAGAACUGGUACGAGGGCAUGCUGCACGGCCAAUCAGGAUUCUUCCCUCUCAACUACGUGGAAAUCGUCGUCCCCCUGCCACACUAAAGAGUGCUGUACAUGAGUGAGAGCGAGCGAGAGAGAGAGAGAGAUGGAGGGAAUGAGAGAGUGAGGGAGGGAGGGAAUGAGAGAGAGGAGGGAAUGAGAGAGUGAGUGAGGGAGGGAAUGAGGAGCCAGUUAAAUCUAUGGGACAGAUUCUAGAGUCUUUGUCCUAAUCUUCACCAUCAUCGCCAUCAUCACAGACGUACCUGUACUCUUUGGCACUUUGUCAUUUUGACAUUUGAAAGAGGGAAAUUGGAAGAUGGUGGCUUCUCGCAUUCCAGUUCUGAAAGAGAUUUGAAUAUGACCCCCCUGCCCCCCAAGCAAAAAUAAAGACGGACAGACACAGACAUGAAGAACAGGACUAAACCAGACUGUUAAUGUUUUAAAGUAACAUUUUCUGUCAACCACAGAUAUCCCUAUAGAAAGAGUUCAUUUUUAAAAUUGAAAUGGUCAAAAUCUAUUACUUAAUGUUAAAUUACAUACCGGUAAGCAGCAGAAUAUAUUUACAUCUGCAGUUUAGCUGGUUCUGACUCUGUAAAAACUGUACAACUUGUAACUACAACCAUUUAAAAAGUCAUUUCAGUCACAAAUCAAGUUUCUCUAGGUCCCACAUUUCAGUAUGGACUCUGGUGAAUACUUGACUUAUUUCUAAGGCAAGUGUGUCACACACACUGCAACUGCACAGCCUUUCCAAAUGAUGGAUUUUGACUGGACGACGUCUCUUGGAGCCCGCUGCCGGCCAGGCUUAGACAACCAUUCUCCUCCUCAGUAAACAACUACAGUAAUGCCUUGUAGCCAUGAUCCAUUUACAGUCAGUAGAUUUACAACACUAUGUACAUGCUGUAUGCCUGAGCCACAGGAGAGCACAAAGGCCCUCAGAUAUGUAGUUUUGCUAUGGUCUGUAUUUGAUUUGUUUUGGUUUCAGCCUUGUUUAUUGUUUUUUUUAUGUACUGUUAAAUUGCACCUUGGUCCUCCAAUGAGAUUGUUGCUGUUUGUAUGAGAGACUGUGUACGUUUUGUGUAGUUAUAUGCCUCUACUGAGAGGGUGUUCAAACCCAGACAGUCAGAGACUGAAGCCCCUGAGGAGAACACAAGACCCAAAGUCAAACACUAACAUUUAUAAGAAACCCCUUUCCCCAGGGGUGGGCUACUGCACGUUUAGUGACGUUAGCAACAUACGAAGUCUGUGUGUUUUACUUUUCCUCUGACUAAUCAUCUGUUCAAAAGAGGAAACACAGCCAAACAUGCCAAAUAGAAUAGAGUACAUGGUGUGUAAACCAAAUGACGUUAAUAUGGUGAGUUGGGUUUUAGCUGUCAUAGUGCCUGUCUGUUCAGCUUCUCCUUAGUAACUCCGCUUGCCGCCCCCCACCCUCCACCCUCCCUCCCUCUCCGAGAGCCUGUUUGUCCCAGUGCCUCCAUAGACAACAACGCUGCUGGCGGCGUCGCUGUCUGUCUCUCACAUAGUGCACAUAGAUGUGGGCCUGUUUUCAUGUGCCUGGGUGUGUGAGACUGAACUUCUUUAGGAUCAGUAAAUCCCAUUCAUUCACGUCAGUCACGUUCUUUCUGUAUUUAGUAUUUUUUACUACUCCGUUGGUUAUCAUACUCCUGGCUGGGUCUCUUAGUAGGAGGGGUUGGGUUCUAGUCUGGAGUUGGUAUGUGUGCUGCUGGACAGGUCUGCAUAGGGCGUCAAAUACAGUAAAUACUGAAUGAGGGAAAGACAGGGUAGUGAUGUAGAACAGGAUAAAAAGGGAAAAGGAAUAAUAUAUAGCAGAAGUCCUCUUAUUUUAUUUGUGGUGAUUGUUCUGUUAGGAAAAGCCCCUACUACCAAGAUGCAUACUAUCAGCACUAAGAGACUCUCCACGAUUGAUAGUUGUGGAGACGAUGUGAUUGACUCACACUUGCUGCAGUGCACUCUUUCAUUCACAUAUUCCUGUCCCCUCAGUGUUGAGGUCCAGGCUACUUUCAAUGGUCAUGAGUUUAAGCUACUCUUCUUUGCCCCAGCCGGCUCCCUCCAUCCACCAUUCUGCUCUGUCACUUACAACACCUCACUGGUGUUAGAUCUCUCCAAUACAUUUACAGGCCUGCUCGUUAAUUUCAUUGGGAGAGUGGAGUUGGUGGACUGGUUAAGAGCAACUUGGUGCUGACUGGAUCACACACCAUCACAAGUCCAAAACAAACAGAGAAUCCAUAGUUAGGGGCGCUUCAGUGCCUUUGGGAAAGGAAGGAGGGAAAUAAUAACAAACCAAAAUAACCAAGCUACUUACAAUGGUCAUACAUUUCUGUACCAAGGGUUCUGUUCAUUUCCAGCCUCGGCACUUUGCUGCGUACAUACAUUUGUGCAUGCCUUUGUGUCACACUACACUUUUUAAAAAGGGUUAUUUCUGUCUAAUCAGUUCGAGUACCAGAAUUCUCUUUUAAACUAAAGGUCAUUCUCGCACUCAAUAGUAUUAUUUUUUAUAUACGAAACCUUUAAAUAAUUGUUUUAUUAACCUUUGCAUGUAGGUCUAUCCAAUACAUUGUAAAUGUAUGUAUUUUAGUUGAAGCUUUCUUUUUACUUUUGGUAUGUCAUUUUAGUAUGGUAUGUCAAAUUUAACUGCAAUAUCUUGUAAUGUAUUAUCAAAAUAUUUGUACUUCCUUUGUCUUGUUUCCACCUGUCUUUGUAUAAAUAAAUUGAGAAAA